UCAGUAGACCUGAAGUAUGAAUGGCAAAAUGUGGGGACCCUCCAGUAGAGGUAAUACAUGCCUCACUGAAAAACAGAAAUAUCCUACCAUGCUUAUAAAUAAGAUGUCUCUCUUAAGCACUCAUAGUUGAUCUUGGUAUCAGUAUGAGGACCAUGGACUGUGUUGACUGGAAGUUCACAUAUGAUUAGGAUUUCUAAUAAUUUCAUCUCACAUAAUACAUAAAGACCAGAAUUGAACCCAAGAUCUUCUUCAUGCUAAACAUCUACUGCUCCAUAACUGGAGAAUGAGCACUGCAAAACACUUCUGGGCAAUGAAGUCUAGUGCAGGUUGAGUCCGCAGUCCUGAGUUGCUGACACAGAGCAGCAAGACAAACACUUUUGUAUGUUGGCUGGCCCUGUCCAAUUUCAAAUGUUAAUCACUCUUGGGGACAGGGAGAAACAGGAUUGACCUGCACUUGAAAUCAGUGGAGUUGUGCUGGCAGAAGGAGGUGGGGUAGUGAUUUUGGCAGAUUCCUCUUUUCUAGGUCCCUCUUUUCUCCUGCAAGUCUGCUCCAAGGGCUAGGUAACCCUCUGGAAUGGUGUGAGAGGUUGCUUUGGGCUCUGCAGAGGCCCAGUAAAAAUCAUUUCCCCAUCACCUUUCAGUGAGAAGCCUGCUGGAUCAAGGUUCCUUCCUCAGAUCCAUCACUAGAUGACUGCUAUCAGAGCCUUCAUUUCCACAAAAAGUAAUUAGUGAUACUAGAUUGGGGUCCCCAAUGCACAGCACCAUUCUUCAAUGCUAUUUAUUCGCGUGCACAAUUUCUAUACUGCUCUGCAUCCAGAAAAAUGUUUUCAGCUAGUGCUGAAUAGGCAACAGUUUUGGUGCCUGACUGAUGUUGACUGUCAGGAAGUUGUACAGAUAGGGAGCCAAUACACUGGAGAACCUAAUCUGUGGACUCCACACUGACUGCAGGUCCAUGUGAAACCACCAAGAAUGCCUCCUCUGAUGACUUCAUGGACCGGUAAGGGUGAAAGAAGGCAUGCUCUCAAAUUUUAUGCAUGCAGAGUCAAAAGUUUUCUUUAAGGGCAAACCAUGAGUGGAAGCUCCUGCAAGUGGACUGUCAUUACUAGAAAGGGCUAUUUGUCAAAACUGAUGGCUCCAAAUGCUUUGGCCUACAAAUCCAGCAGAGCAAAUGAUGGAAGCUGCAGGCCAAAACUUCUGAAGGGCAAGAAAUUGUGCACCCAGUGGUGUGGAAGCCUAAUAGGCCAGAAUGCAUGGCAGCUUUUUCAGACUAUUAGAAGAGAAAUGGAAAUUUAUGAAUUUGGUAUUUGAAAAGCUUUCUUUCUUUACAUUCUAUCUGAAAGAGAACAAUUUCUCUCUCAAGAAACAACUUCUUAAUUUCAUUAACUAGCUUGCUGAUGAUUUUAAAAUAUGCCAUUAACAGACUUCCUUUCAGGUCCAAUGGAUUUCUUUCAAGUAUAAUGUUAUUUCAGAUUAAAAGUAUGAUUGGAAACAAAAGAAGUGUUAUUCUUGGGAAGUAGUAGAUAAUUUGUUUUUAAUUACACCCUUCUGCAGUCCAUUAAUAUGAGAAGAUAUACACAGGAUUUUAUCCAUUUAAUUCCAUGUCAGCAAUAUUUCUUUUUGAUUUACCACCCAUUUUUAAAUUUGUUUCAGCAAGUAAAAUAAUUUCAUUAUUUUCUUUGGCUAUAUUUACUUCAGGGGGAAAUAUUCAUUGCAUAAAUUACUCAGACAAUUCUCAGAAGCAAACAUUUCCCAACAAAAUCAUUCACUUCAUGGCUAGCCAGAGGCUCUUAAUGAGCUGCAGAGGUACUGUUCCUUUUCUUAGGCAAUAUGUGUAUGGAGUGAUGACAUUUUGAUUUAUUUAUGAUCAACCAAUAAACAAGGACUUCAGUGCUAAAACUACUUUUAGAAAGUGACAUAGUCUGAACAUGGCAGAAGAGCAGUUACAGGACAUUCCUCUGUUUAAAUGCAUGCCCUGUUGAGCAGGGUCUGUUUGCAGCUCUGCCUGGUCCAUAAAAAGGGAGACUGCAUGCCCUGAAGUUGCCCAUAGGAAGACAGACUGGACAGCGUACAGGCCACCUGUAAACAGCCUUCUUCAAAUGGUGAGAUGUAUUCCUAUUGAAAUUCUAGUCAUGAUUGCUAAAUUUGCAUCUGUAAAUAUAUAUUAUAUGUAUACUUUAUGCAAGUGCAUGCCUUCUUUGGCCCUCUUUUGAUGUUGUAAAAAAUCUGCAAUCUGAAGCAUGGGUAGUAAGCAAGGGUACGCAACUUGGAGCCCUUCAGAUAUUUCAGACAAUUUUCAUAAGGUCCAGUUGAAGUGGCCAAUGUUUAGGGGUUAUGGUCCUUGCCAACCCCAUAUUAAGGAACAUGCCCAAAUGAACUCUGUGGGCCUUCCUUCCUUCCAAGUAAUCAUACAUAGGUUUAGGCUGCAAUCUUGCAUGCACUAAGAAAGCAUUUGGAUAACUUAUCAUAGUUCAUUAUUCCUAGACAUUCCUAGACAUGUUUUUGGCUUUCCAAACCCCCCGCCCCCCAAUAAAACCCAAUCAUGCUUAAUUUAGGAGGCUAAACAAAGACACUGUGCUGUUUAUUAUUAAUUCAAAUGUGAUGAAAAUGUUUAACCAUCAAAUGCAAUAAACACCCUAAUUUUACCAGAUCAUCAGCAGGUGAGAUGCCCUCCUUAGAUACAUAAGUAUAAAGAACAUUAGCUUCACUCUGAUGAUUCAGACCCAAACAUACUCACCUAGAAGUAAGAUCUUUUUUAAUUUUGGGGAACAUCUCAAUGAAUCAGAGGUAGGCAAUCUUUUUCAGCCCUGGACAAUUUGGCAAUUUUAGAAACUUUCCUGGGCACCACCACAAAAUGGCCACCAUCGAAAGCAUGGCAAAGUACAAGUAACCUGCUCAAAGGACUGAGUGGGGUCUGAGCUCCAACACACUAAAUAUCUCUUUUGAACUCAUGGUUUCCAGCAUCAACAAAAACCUAUUUCACAACAGUCCCAGCUUCCAAUAAAAACUGGUUUUCCUUUAAAGUGGGAAGGGUAGGGCACUUUGGCUGGUGCCUGGAAAGGUGUCCUUGGUGUCUCAGUGCCCAUGGGAACCACGCUGCCUAUGCCUGCCUUAAAUUAUGGAUGUGCAAGGCUGUGAUUCUUAGUGUACUUGUUUGAGCAUGCAUGCUGCAGAAAUCCCUGUAAUUUAGACAUGAUUAACCAAUGCACCUGAGUGUUGCUGCCUGGCACUCCAUGACUUGCUGCUGAAUGUGUAAAGUGUCCCCAGUGAAAGUAUUGUGCUGGAGAGCACAACUGAAAUGAUUUGUAAGAUCCCCUUGUGGCAUUUAACAGUGACUUAUGUUUCAGACAUACAACUUAUAUCCUGAUGCAAUUGAUAAAUGAAGAAAAGACAUAUGUGAAAUCUAUGUAAAGGGUAAAUGAAGUCAAAGGAUGUCUGGAUGAAGAUUUGCCCUAAAAUGACAGUCUGAUUCUCCUACUUUUGUAACUGAGAUUUCUUUUGACCCUUGAGACAUUUCUACCAGAGAACUAUUAAAGUUUUUUCCCCAAGAUGUCACAUUUUUCUAGUGAAGAUGAAGCUCUUUUGCAGUCUAUGCUUAGACAGUUACUGCAGAGUGUCAAAGAAAAAAUCACAGGAGCACCUUCAGUAGAGUGUGCAGAAGAGAUUCUUCUACACUUGGAAGAAACUGAUGAAAAUUUUCACAAUUAUGAAUUUGUGAAAUACCUUAGACAAUAUAUAAAUAACACCCUGGGCUCUGUAAUAGAAGAAGAAACUGAUCGAUGCACUUCAGCACAAAAUCAAGGUGAAGGAUCUGGCUAUGAUACACUUGUUCAGCAUGUUACGAAGAAGACCCGAGAAUCAAAGGAGUAUAGAGAAAUGAUGCAUUCUCUGAAGAAUGUCAUAAUGGUUGUGGUGGAAUCUUUGAUUAACAAGUUUGAAGAAGAUCAGAUGCGCUAUAAGGAGAUGCAAAGAAAAGUGAGAACUGAACAGCAUAGCAGUUACUAUGCAGAUAAUUGUUCUGAUAGUGAUUCUUCCUUUAAUCAGAGUUACACAUUCAUGAAUCAAGAACAGUUACAGCUACUUGUAGAAAGGCUUGAUCCUGCACAGCCUAAGGAGGUGCGCCAGGAAGCCAUGCAGACACUGUGUUCUGCCCCUCCAUCUGAUAUCUUAAACUGUGAGAGCUGGACCAAUUUACAUAAACAUCUUGCAACAGCACUCUCAGAUCCCGAUUCCAAUUUCAGUGACAAAGUUUUGAAAUUUUAUGCCAAAACAUUUUCUUCCUCUCCACUAAAUAUGACAAAGGAACUCUAUACAAGUUUAGCAAACUACUUAGAGCUCUACUUUCUUUCUGAAAAUAAUUAUGUUCCUACCUUAUCAACGGGCAUUGACAUAACUAACCCAGAUGUAAUUCGUUUACUUAAAAAGAUACGUCUGUUAAAUGAUUACCAAAGGGAAGUCCCAUCUUUUUGGAUUCGUCAUCCAGAAAAGUACAUGGAAGAAAUAAUGGAGAGUACCCUAUCACUUCUGUCACUAAAGCAUGAAUUAAGCCAUGUUGUGUCUACAGAAUAUUUGGAUCCAGUAUGCUUCUUGGCUUUGGUUGAUAUUAAAGCUGUGUGGUUUAAAAAAUGGAUGCAUGCCUAUUACAGCAGAACAGUAGUUUUAAGGCUACUUGAAAAGAGAUAUAAAUCUUUGAUUAUUGCAUCUGUUGAGGUGUGCACCUCCUACUUGGAAGCUUGUGAAUCAGCAGCUGAUGGAACAGGGAGAUGUAAUUCUUUGUCCGCAUCACAUAGUUGUAAGAAAGAGAAGAAUUUGUACUCAGGAAAAGAAUUACAAUAUAUACAUUUUGUUCAUUCUGUGAGCCUUUUAGGCAGAUUAUUGAUAUAUAAACAAGGCAGAAAACUGUUCCCUGUUCAACUGAGAAACGGAAAAGAUUUGAUGUCACUGACAGACCUCGUCAUAAUGUUUAUUCGUCUUAUUUAUUAUUCUCCAAAAGCUGUUACUAUCCAUUUAGGCAAUUAUUCUCCAGCUGGUCUCAUUACUGAUGUGCUAAGAAUUCUUUGUGAUCGAAAAGAAUGUGCAACUGAAUGUUUAUAUACUAAUGCAGUGAUUGAGGCACUUCUUCAACCACUACAUGAUUUACUAAGUGGAACGGAGGUGCAUCUAAAUUAUCUAGAAACAACUCUAAUACACAUAGCUGACAUUUUGGCAAGGAUUGCUGCCACAGAUGAUGGUCUUUCAUUGCUUCUUUAUGGAGGAGAAAAAUCUGCUGUCGAGGGUAAUAGCUGUAGGGGUGCACAUACAAUCGUUCAAUUUACAAAGAAGCUUCUUGAUGAAGACAUUUCUGUUUUGCCUGGUUCUGAGAUGUUGCCAGUCCUCAAAGGAGCUUUCAUCUUCGUGUGCCACCAGAUGUAUAGUACCUGUGAAGGAUUAGAGGUGCUGCUACCUUACCAUUUACAUGAAUCUAUUGCCAAGGCUUGGAAAAAGACUAGUUUGCUUUCAGAGAGAAUUCCAACUCCUGUUGCAGGAGCAGACUGUGUUUCAACCGUCAGCCAAGAAUCACAGAACUUUAUUGUAUUGGAAGAGACAUUGUUGGAUGACUUGCUCAGCUUUGCUGCUACACCAAAAGGGCUGUUGUUGCUACAGAGUACGGGAACGGUCAAUGAAUGUAUAACCUUUAUGUUCAACAGAUUCACGAAAAACUUCCAGGUCAAUGGAUGUGAAAAGUUUGGCUAUGGAGUAAUAGUUUCACAAGUGGCUGCAACUGCUUCAGGUGCUGUAGCAUUACAAAGUUCAGGAUUUAUAAAAGCACUUGUUACUGAACUCUGGAGCGUUCUAGAGUGUGGAAGAGAUGAUGUCCGAGUUACCCAACCCAAAUCAACACCAGUAGAUCCCAUUGAUCGAAGCUGUCAGAAGCCUUUUCUGGCUCUGAUAAACUUGUUAUCCUACCCUGCUGUUUAUGAACUGAUUGGUGAUCAAGAGAUACCUAAUAAACCAGUAUAUUCUCUUCGUGAAGUUCCUACAGAUAUAAUUGACAUCGUUGAUAGACUAAUAAUUGUGAACACGGAAGCCAAAAUUCAUUCAUUAUUUAAUUAUGAGCAGUCACAUAUCUUUGGGCUGAGACUUUUACAAUAGUCUUCACAAACUCCAUUAAAAAUUAAUACAGUGUCUUAGAAAAUCUGUGGAUUAUCAGUUUGAAAACUACAGAUGAAGGAUUCUCAACAUCCCAGAUUUUAAUGAGUAAACGAACAUUUUGGAUGUUAGGGUUUCACUUUGUUCUUCAACAGCAUUUACAAAUACUAUUAUGACCACAGUCACUGGAAACAAAGAACAGAGCAAAACAAAACAUUGAUGAUCUGUGUACAAACACAUAUAUCUGCAUUUCUGUUGCAUCUCUAACAAAAUUUAUAAGCAGGAUUAAUAGAAAUGUAAAGGUGGGAAAUGGACUACAGUAAUAUGACCUGACAGAAGAACAAAAUUAUAUAAAUGACAAUAAAUAAUAGUUAUUAGCAAUUUCUUUGGGACUGCUUUAAUUUUGUACAUAAAACAAUAAUUACAGGUAUUAAAUAUGCAGCACAGAGAAACAGGAAUAGUGUAAUAUUAUUAUAUCGUUUGAAAGAAAUCUUGGUCAUUAUUUAUAAAGGAUACUGAGAACUUCUAAAACUAAACCAAGAUAAAGGGACCUGUAACAGUCUCAUAAAUUACAUAGAAUAGACCAGUGGUGGUGAACCUAUGGCACGUGUGCCACAGUGGGCAUGCAGAGCCCUCUCUGUUGACACAUGAGCCAAGUCGCCCCAGCAUCGCCCCAGCAGCCAAGCAUCAGAUAACA